GUGGUUUAAGACGUGAAUUUGGACGAAAUGGUAAUUCAUAUCGAGGUGGUAGAGGACUGGUGGAGGAUCUUGUUAUCAAAAAUCUCGUAGUUGGAGAAUCAGUUUAUGGGGAAAAAAUUUCGUUAGAAGAUAAAGAUGGAAAUAAACUAGAAUAUCGAGUUUGGAAUCCAUUUCGUUCGAAAUUAUCUCUUGGUAUUCUGGGUGUUCUUGAUAAUAUUUAUAAAUCACCUAAAUCGAAAGUUUGCAAAAAUGUAAUGGAUUUUUAUGAGAAUUGUUAUACAAAUCCACUUUUUUUACCAUUUUCAAGUACUCAAUCUGAAAAGUGUACAUUUCAGAAUAUUUGCAUAAGCAGGGUAUCAUAUACCAAGAUUUUAAACUUGACAAUAUUACUUAUACUUGAUGGACAUAUCAAUAUUGCUGACUAUGGAAGAAAUCCAGUAGCCUAUCUCUACUGUUUAGAAAAGAAUACAGCAUAUAAACUAACAGGUGUAUCUCAGGAGAGUGAGAGUGCAGAUAAUAUAAAUUCCUCAUCUAAAACCAGAGAUAAUGAUAAAGUAAUAGGAGAAAGUAUUGGGUCCACAAGUAAACAAGAUAUUUCACAACCUAUCACAAAGAGAUUACAUUCUGCAGAAAAGAAAAAGGAAGUAUCCGAAGACCCUAAACAAAAGAAAGGAGAUAAAGUAUUAUUAUAUAACUCAAGAUUAGAUAAACAGUGGUCAGGCAAGCUUGAUAAGAAAUGGAAAGGACCAUUUACAGUUGAGAUAAAAGAA